UCAAGACUAAAUUACCUUCUUCGUACUGCCUACACUCCCCCAGCCAUAGCUAAAACUUAACCUCACACCACAACCAGUACCUCCUCCACCAUCAUCAACACCAACAACAUCAAGAGAGAGAGAGAGAGAUUAGGUUUGAUAGUUGGGAACAUUUUUAACGUAAGUUUGAGGUGAAAUUACCAUAAUUAUGGGUGCUGCAGAUGGCGAUGAGUAUCGGUUCAAUUACGAAGAGACAGAGUUGCGCCUUGGGUUGCCUGGUGGAAGUGGAAAUGAUGGCGAAAUAUCAAAGAAUAAUAGUGGGAAAAGAGGGUUCUCAGAGACUGUUGAUCUAAAGCUUAACCUUUCGUCCAAGAAUUCACACGUGAAUCAGGUGGAGAAGAUGAAGGAAAAUAAUGUUUCUCCUCCUUCUACUGAUCCUGCAAAGCACCCAGCCAAGACACAAAUUGUGGGUUGGCCACCAGUGAGAUCAUUCAGGAAGAACAUUCUGUCUGUCCCAAAGAACAACAAUGAAGAGGGUGAAAAGGCUAGCAGCAGCGUCGCAUUUGUGAAAGUUAGCAUGGAUGGUGCACCAUACCUACGCAAGGUGGACUUAAAAAUGUACAAGAGCUACCAAGACCUUUCUCAUGCCUUGGCCAAAAUGUUCAGCUCCUUUACCAUUGGUGACUAUGGCUCUGGAGGAAUGAAGGAUUUCAUGAACGAGAGCAAACUAGUAGAUCUUUUGAACGGUUCCGAUUACGUGCCCACUUACGAAGACAAGGACGGAGAUUGGAUGCUUAUUGGUGAUGUUCCAUGGGACAUGUUUGUUGAUUCAUGCAAACGCUUGAGGAUAAUGAAAGGGUCAGAAGCCAUAGGACUAGCGCCAAGGGCAGUGGAGAAGUGCAAGAACAGAAGCUGAAUCAGUUACCAAAACUUCUUCAUGUAAUGAUUUCCCAGUUAUCAAACUAAGGCAGAUGGAUCGGCUCGAGACAAUUUGAGCUUCAAGUUUGGAUUUAUCUUUAUAACUGUUUAAUAUGUAAAUGUGAGAAGAAAAUAAAUGCAUAAUUGUUAAGAAGGAGUAGAAAUUGCAGUUGUGCUCAUGUGUAUUUUAUUUAUUUGUAAUGGCUUUGUUCAAUAUUAAUGGCGUCUGCUUUUUGUUUGCUGAGAUUCUCAGCAACCUGUACACUAAUUAUUAACGAAUUGUUUGAUGUGUAUAUAAUUGUUUUAUGUUACGUUAUAUGAGAAGUUGAGGAGACCAUGAAUAAGAUCCAUAGAUAGAGUCAUUGGGGGACAAGGCCAUGUGCACUCAUUUGGAGACAUUUAUGAAUGAAUCCCUUUAUUUUAUUUUGGUGUUGAUCC